CUUUCCUGCCGCGUGUCCAGACUGGGUAGUGUGUGUGAGUGCCUGCUGUCUCACUAUUUACUGUCUAAGUAGCCGGUUUCACAGCCCUGAACUGCUGAGAUAGUGUCACCAUGUCGAAACCGAUGUCAGACCAGGAAAGGAGGAAACAGAUUUCCGUGCGAGGCCUUGCCGGUGUUGAGAACGUUGCCGAUUUGAAGGUUAAUUUCAACAGGCAUCUCCACUUUACACUGGUCAAGGACAGAAAUGUGGCAUCGAAAAGGGAUUACUACUUUGCUCUCGCCCACACCGUGCGUGACCAUUUGAUCGGCAGGUGGAUCAGAACCCAGCAGCACUACUAUGAGAAAGAUCCCAAACGUGUGUACUACAUCUCCCUGGAGUUCUACAUGGGCCGUACCCUGCAGAACACCAUGGUGAACCUUGCAUUGGAGAACGCCUGUGAUGAAGCCACAUACCAGCUUGGUCUGGAUAUGGAGGAACUAGAGGAUAUUGAGGAAGAUGCUGGUCUGGGCAAUGGUGGUCUCGGCCGUCUUGCUGCCUGUUUCCUCGACUCCAUGGCUUCACUGGGUCUGGCCGCCUACGGUUAUGGUAUUCGCUAUGAGUUUGGUAUCUUCAACCAAAAGAUUCUCAACGGCUGGCAGGUUGAAGAGGCCGAUGACUGGCUGCGAUAUGGCAACCCCUGGGAGAAAGCCCGCCCCGAGUACAUGCGUCCAGUGCACUUUUACGGCAGAACCGAGCACCACCCCGGUGGUGUGAAAUGGGUUGACACUCAGGUAGUGUUGGCUCUGCCAUACGACACCCCCAUCCCUGGCUACAGAAAUAACGUUGUCAACACCAUGAGGCUGUGGUCCGCCAAGGCCCCCUGCGAUUUCAACCUGAAAGACUUCAACAUCGGUGGCUACAUUCAAGCUGUGUUGGACAGAAACUUGGCUGAGAACAUCUCCCGUGUGCUGUAUCCCAACGACAAUUUCUUUGAGGGUAAGGAGCUGCGUCUGAAGCAGGAGUACUUUGUGGUGUCUGCCACACUCCAAGACAUCGUCCGUCGUUUCAAAGUCUCCAAGUUUGGCUCCAGGGACGUUGUUCGCACAGACUUCAGCAAACUGCCUGACAAGGUUGCCAUCCAGCUGAAUGACACUCACCCUGCCAUGGCCAUCCCUGAGCUGAUGAGGGUGCUCGUUGAUGAGGAGAGACUUAACUGGGAAAACGCCUGGGACAUCUGUGUGCGUACCUGUGCUUACACCAACCACACAGUUCUUCCCGAGGCCCUGGAGCGCUGGCCCAUUGACCUUUUCGCUCAUCUGCUGCCCCGUCACCUGGAAAUUAUCUAUGAGAUCAACAGACGUCACAUGGAGGCUGUCUCUAAGAAGUAUCCUGGUGACUUUGACCGCAUGCGCCGCAUGUCCCUCAUUGAGGAAGGUGGACAGAAGAGGGUCAACAUGGCCCAUUUGUGCAUUGUGGGCUCCCAUGCUGUCAAUGGCGUGGCCCAGAUUCACUCUGACAUCCUCAAAGCGACAAUCUUCAAGGACUUCUAUGAAAUGGAGCCUCACAAGUUCCAGAACAAAACCAAUGGCAUCACUCCCCGCCGCUGGCUAGUUAUGUGCAACCCUGGACUGGCUGAAGUCCUUGCUGAGAGAAUUGGAGAGAACUACAUCCGGGACCUUGAUCAGCUGAAGGGUCUGGUGAAGUACAUCAACGACGAGAAUUUCAUCCGUGACAUCGCCAAAGUCAAGCAGGAGAACAAGUUGAAGUUUGCCGUGCAUCUGGAGGAGCACUACAAGGUGAAGAUCAACCCGAACUCCAUGUUUGACAUUCAGGUCAAAAGAAUCCAUGAGUACAAGAGACAGCUGCUCAACUGUCUGCACAUUAUCACCUACUACAACCGCAUCAAGAAGGAACCCAACAAGCAGUGGACUCCAAGGACUAUCAUGAUCGGAGGAAAGGCGGCCCCUGGCUACCACACUGCCAAGAUGAUCAUUCGUCUGAUCACAGCUAUUGGGGAGGUGGUCAACAAUGACCCUGUGGUUGGGGACCGUCUCAAAGUCAUCUUCCUGGAGAACUACAGAGUCACACUGGCUGAGAAAGCCAUCCCGGCAGCUGACCUGUCUGAACAGAUCUCUACAGCAGGCACAGAGGCCUCUGGCACAGGCAACAUGAAGUUCAUGUUGAACGGGGCCCUAACCAUCGGCACCAUGGACGGAGCCAACGUUGAAAUGGCUGAAGAGGCUGGCGAGGAGAACUUCUUCAUCUUUGGCAUGAGGGUGGAUGAUGUCGAUGAGCUUGACAGGAGGGGAUAUAAUGCUCACGACUAUUACAACCGCCUGCCUGAACUGAAACAGGCAAUGGACCAGAUUGCCGGAGGGUUCUUUAGCCCAACUCAGCAUGAUCUGUUUAAGGAAAUUGUGAACAUGCUAAUGUACCAUGACAGAUUCAAAGUUUUUGCUGACUAUGAAGACUACAUAAAGUGCCAGGAGAAAGUCAAUGCUCUGUACAAGAACCCCAGAGAAUGGACCAAGAAGGUGAUUUACAAUAUUGCCGGCAGUGGCAAGUUCUCCAGUGACCGCACCAUUUCCCAAUAUGCUCGUGAAAUCUGGGGCGUGGAGCCCAGCCUUGAGAAGAUCCCUGCCCCAGACGAGAAGCCCUAGACGAGCAAAAGACAGUCCCUCAGUUUCACUCCACACACCCAUGCAGCGAGAACAUAGUACAUGUAGAUAGAUGUGCUCAUAGUAAGAAUCCCCACAUUUCCUCAGGCUUUCAAAUAUCUUUAGUGUCCUUGUGUUGUUUUAUUCUGUACUACUCUGUUACUAUUCUUUCAUAUUCACUCUAGGAUAGGCCAGACUAUCCCUCAGUACAUAAACAAUUGCCAAAUUAAAGUGAGAACUGUUUUUUAUAGGACUGCUCUUACCCAGUGCCAGAAAGGUAAUAAAAGCCAAUUUUGCUGCUGUGGAAGUGGAUAGAGGAGCUGUGGGAUGGGUUUUGUGAAUUUAAUGGUUAUUUAUUUUUUAUCUGAGAAAAUAAAAUUUUAUUUCCACUCAGCAUC